AUGACAUCGUCGCCGUCCACCGAGGCCCUCAUCCUAAAGCUCCACGAAAUCUCGGCCGUCAAAUUCGGCAACUUCAAACUCAAAUCCGGCAUCUCCUCCCCCAUCUACAUAGACCUGCGCCUCAUCGUAUCAUACCCCUCCCUCCUCCUCCAAAUCUCCAAAACCCUAAUCUCCACCGUCCCUUCCUCCACGCGCCAUGACCUCAUCUGCGGCGUCCCCUACACAGCCCUCCCCAUCGCUACCUGCAUCAGCACCUCCCAUGACAUCCCCAUGCUCAUGCGCCGCAAGGAGGUCAAGGACUACGGCACCUCCAAGGCCAUUGAAGGCGUCUUCAAGCCCGACCAGGUCUGCCUCAUCAUUGAGGACUUGGUUACCAGCGGCGAGUCGGUUUUGGAGACCGCCGCCCCUCUACGCGCAGCCGGGUUGAAGGUCCAGGACGCCGUCGUUUUGAUCGACCGGGAACAAGGGGGGAGGGAGAAUUUGGAGGAGAACGGGAUUCGAUUGCACUCGCUGUUUCGGUUGAGCGAGAUGGUUAGGGUUUUGAAGGAGAAGGGGAAGGUUGCGGAGGAGGUGGAGGGCGUUGUGUUGAGGUUUUUGGAGGAGAACCGGAAGGUAACCGCGCCGGCGUUGCCGAAAAAUGUCGAAAAAGUUAAGAUUAGGGGUUUAGGGUUUGAGGAGAGAGCGAAGCUGACGAAGAAUCCGACUGGGAAGAGGCUUUUUGAGGUGAUGGUGAAGAAGCAGAGCAAUUUGAGUCUGGCUGCUGAUGUUGGGAACGCCAAGGAGUUGCUUGAGAUUGCUGAGAAGGUUGGACCUGAAAUAUGUUUAUUGAAAACCCAUGUUGAUAUAUUGCCUGAUUUCACCCCAGAUUUUGGCUCUAAACUUCGCAAGAUUGCAGAGAAACAUAAUUUCUUAAUUUUUGAAGAUCGCAAGUUUGCAGACAUUGGUAAUACAGUAACAAUGCAGUAUGAAGGAGGUAUAUUCCAUAUAUUGGAGUGGGCUGACAUAGUAAAUGCUCACAUAAUCUCUGGUCCUGGGAUAGUCGAUGGACUGAAAUUGAAGGGUUUGCCACGUGGUAGGGGCCUGUUGCUGCUUGCUGAAAUGAGCUCAGCCGGUAACCUUGCCAAGGGAGACUACACAGCUGCUGCAGUGAAGAUUGCCGAAGAGCAUUCUGACUUUGUGAUUGGCUUCAUUUCAGUUAAUCCAGCAUCAUGGCCAGGGGCACCAGUAAAUCCGGCUUUCAUCCAGGCAACCCCUGGAGUGCAACUGGUGACUGGUGGUGAUGCUCUUGGCCAGCAAUAUAACACUCCAAAAUCUGUAAUCUAUGAUAGAGGUAGUGACAUCAUAAUUGUGGGGCGUGGAAUUAUAAAGGCUGCAAACCCUGCUGAGGCAGCCCGCGAAUACCGUCUUCAAGGAUGGGAUGCAUAUCUGGCUAAAUGCAGCAGCAGCUAA